GUGUGCAGAGGUCCGUCUGCCGAGCUCUUCGUGGUGCUGGUGGCAGUGCCCCUCCCCCCAGAGGCUGCCCAGGAGGGACCAGGGCCUCAGCUGGAGCCAGGCAGUGCAGGUGGCACUGAUGAGAAGCCAGGAGAGUGUGAGGGGCAGCCCGAGGCAGGGCCUGGAAUGGGUGGGCAGAGGUGGCCGGAAGGUCCUGCGUAUCUGGCUGAGCAAGAUGUCGGUGAAGGAGGGCGCGCAGCGCAAGUGGGCAGCGCUGAAGGAGAAGCUGGGGCCGCAGGACUCAGACCCCACGGAGGCCAACCUGGAGAACGCCGACCCCGAGCUGUGUACCCGGCUCCUCCAAAUGCCCUCCGUGGUCAACUACUCGGGCCUGCGCAAGCGCCUGGAGAGCAGCGACGGCGGCUGGAUGGUCCAGUUCCUGGAGCAGAGCGGCCUGGAUCUGCUGCUGGAGGCCCUGGCGCGCCUGUCGGGCCGCGGCGUGGCGCGCAUCGCAGACGCCCUGCUGCAGCUCACCUGCAUCAGCUGCGUGCGCGCCGUCAUGAACUCACAGGAGGGCAUCCAGUACAUCCUCAGCAACCAGGCCUACGUGCGCCAGCUCUCCCAGGCUCUGGACACAUCCAACGUCAUGGUCAAGAAGCAGGUGUUUGAGCUGCUGGCCGCCCUCUGCAUCUACUCGCCCGAUGGCCACGCCCUGACCCUGGAUGCCCUGGACCACUACAAGACGGUGUGCAGCCAGCAGUACCGCUUCAGCGUCAUCAUGAACGAGCUCUCGCACAGCGACAACGUGCCCUACGUGGCCACCCUGCUCAGCGUGGUCAAUGCCAUCAUCCUGGGCCCGGAGGAUGUCCGCGCCCGCGCCCAGCUGCGCAGCGAGUUCAUCGGACUGCAGCUGCUGGACGUUCUGUCGCGGCUCCGAGACCUGGAGGACGUGGACCUGCUGAUCCAGCUCGAGGCCUUCGCGGAGGCCAAGGCGGAGGACGAGGAGGAGCUGCUGCGGGCCAGCGGCGGCAUCGACGUCAGCAGCCACCAGGAGGUCUUCGCCUCCCUCUUCCACAAGGUGAGCUGCUCCCCAGCUUCUGCCCACCUGCUGGCCAUGCUGCAGGGCCUCCUGCUCUUGGAGCCCAGCCUCCGCUCCAGCCAGCUGCUCUGGGAGGCCCUGGAGAGCCUGGUGAACCGGGCUGUGCUCCUGGCCAAUGACACCCGCGAGUGCUCCCUGGAGGAGAUGGUCCAGAGGCUCCUGUCCCUCAAGGGGCGGCCCCGCCCGUGCUCCCUGGACAAGGCGCACAAGAGCGUCCAGGUCGACCUGGGCCAGAGUCAGAGGGGCAGCUCCCCGCAAAGGGCUGGUGCCCCGAAGGCGGAGCUGGAGGCCCAGCAGCCAGCGGUGGCCCUCGCCAGCCUGCAUGUUGCCAGCGUCCAGAGCCAGAGUGGCCUGAUGGCUCCACAGCCGACAGGCCUGGAGCAGCAGGAGCCCGCCCCACCCACCCCCGCACCCCCCCUCCCUGGCACAACUGCCGGGCCCCCUCCGCCUCCCCCACCCCCCCCCCCUGGCACAACUGCCGGGCCCCCGCCCCCUCCCCCACCCCCCCCUCCACCACCUCCACCCCUGCCAGGCUUGGGGGCUGCAGUCCCCUCACCCCCGCCACCCCCCCCACCGCCACCGCCACCGCCAGGCCCUGGUGGGACCAUACCCCCCCCACCCCCACUCCCGGGCAUGGGGGGCCCACCCCCACCCCCACCCCUGCCGGGCACCUUCGGGCCCCCUGCAGUGAGUGGCGAGGAGGAGGUCAUUGUGGCCCAGGUGGACCACGGCCUGGGCUCCGCCUGGGUCCCCAGACACCGGCGGGUGAACCCGCCCACCCUGCGCAUGAAGAAGCUGAACUGGCAGAAGCUGCCGUCCAGUGUGGCCCAGGAGAGCAGUUCCAUGUGGGCGUCACUGAGCAGCCCGGACGCCGAAGUGGUGGAGCCCGACUUCUCCAGCAUCGAGCGGCUCUUCUCCUUCCCCGUGGCCAAGCCCAAGGAGCAGGUGGCCGCCCCGGCCAGGAAGGAGCCCAAAGAGAUCACCUUUCUGGAUUCCAAGAAGAGCCUGAACCUCAACAUCUUCCUGAAGCAGUUCAAAUGCUCCAACGAGGAGGUCGUCGCCAUGAUCCGGGCCGGGGACACCACCAAGUUCGACGUGGAGGUCCUCAAGCAGCUCCUGAAGCUCCUUCCCGAGAAGCACGAGAUCGAGAACCUGCGGGCCUUCUCGGAGGAUCGGGCCAAGCUAGCCAGUGCUGACCAGUUCUACCUCCUCCUGCUGGGCACCCCCUGCUACCAGCUUCGGGUGGAAUGCAUGCUGCUGUGUGAGGGCACGGCCGUCGUGCUGGACAUGGUGCGGCCCAAGGCCCGGCUGCUGCUCGCCGCCUGCGAGAGCCUGCUCACCAGCCACCAGCUGCCCAUCUUCUGCCAGCUGAUCCUGAAGAUCGGAAACUUCCUCAACUACGGCAGCCACACGGGGGACGCCGACGGCUUCAAGAUCAGCACGCUGCUGAAGCUCACGGAGACCAAGUCCCAGCAGGGCCGCGUGACACUGCUGCACCACGUGCUGGAGGAGGUGGAAGAGAGCCACCCGGGCCUCCUGCAGCUGCCCCAGGACCUGGAGCUGCCCUCCCAAGCUGCAGGGAUCAACCUUGAGACCAUCCGCUCGGAGUCCAGCACCAACCUGAAGAAGCUUCUGGAGAUGCAGCAGAAAGUGUCUUCCUCGGUCCCGGAGGUGCAGGAGCAGUACAGCCAACGCCUCCAGGCCAGCAUCGCGGCUUCCCAGGAGCUGGAGGAGGUGUUCCAGGCCAUCGAGCAGAAGAAGCAGGAGCUGGCCAGCUACCUGUGUGAGGACGCGCAGCAGCUGUCCCUGGAGGACACGCUGGCCACCAUGAAGACCUUCCGGGACCUCUUCCUCCGCGCCCUUAAGGAGAACAAGGACCGGAAGGAGCAGGCGGCCAAGGCCGAGAGGAGGAAGCAGCAGCUGGCGGAGGAGGAGGAGGCCCGGAGGCUGCGGGGCGAGGACGGGAAGGCCGUCAGGAAGGGAGGCGGGAAGCAGGAGGAGGUGUGUGUCAUCGACGCCCUGCUGGCCGACAUCAGGAAGGGCUUCCAGCUGCGGAAGACGGCCCGCGGCCGAGCCGACCCGGAGGCAGCCAGCAAGGUGGCUGCCGCAGAUCCCACGAGGAACAAGGCACCCGCGGCCGCCGCGGGAGGCACCAGCCUUCCCGCCUCUGAGUCGGGUCUUAACGCUGCCGCCACCCAGGAGCCCCGGGGCUGGGACCUUGCGGACGCUGCCCCCGCCGGCCCACAGCCCACCCGAGACCCGCCAGAGAAGGGGGUUCCUGGGCCCCUGGAGAGGCGCUCUUCCUGGUACAUGGACGCCAGUGAUUUCCUGCCCACGGAGGACCCCCCGAGCUCCCCGCCCUCUGCACAGGGCUGGCCGGUGGUGCUGGGAGACGCCCAGGCUCUGAAGCCCCUCAGCUUCUCCAAUGACAAGCCCCCCGGAGCCGCGGGUUUGAGCCAAGAUGCCGAGGCCGUGGCCAACCGCACAGGCGAGGGCCCAGAGGACUCGGCUGCCCACGGCCGCCAUGCGGGCCUCCCCGCUGCUGGCCCUGGCGGGGACAGGGACGAGGAUGAGGAGAACACAGCCCCAGACUCCGCCCUGGACACCUCCCUGGACCAGUCCUUCUCUGAGGACGCAGUGACCGACUCGUCCGGGUCUGGCACCCUCCCCAGGGCCCAGGGCCGGACUUCAAAGGGAACAGGCAAGCGGAGGAAGAAGCGCCCCUCCAGGAACCAGGAAGGCCCCAGGCCCAGGCCCAGAGCCAAGUGAGAGGACCCACAGCCGGGCUGCUGGACGCACCACCGCGCAGAGCUCCUCCCGGCCGGGCUGGCGCCAGGUCUCCGGGAAACCACACUCCGUGCCUUACGCGGCCCGCGCCGCAGCCUCCCGGAGCCUUUGGGGUGUUGGCGGCGGGGACCCCAACCGGCACCGGGACACGUGCCCGCGCGGCGCCCUCCAGGCCUGCCUGCACGCCCCCAGCCCCCCGCAGUCUGCUUUCUGAAUGUCACGGCCCGACCCCCUACCCCACACCGCAUGCACCUUGGCGCCCGCCUGCAGGGGACCGGGUCAGGGGGCUGUGUCCCCAGGGCACACCAAGCUUGCGCCCUCUUCUCCAGUGACCUGAUGCCCCGAUUCUUCUGGGGACAGGCCCUCGCAGACCCCUCCCCCAAAGCCACGGGAGCCAGGCAGGGCGAGGGCCCCUGCUCCACAGCUCUGCCUCCCAGCCUGCUCGGCUGAGCUGAAGCAGUCGUUUCUCAUAAACUAUGAUGUGUCUCUACUGUCCUUUGGUGGCCGAGUGGGGAAUGGGGCGUGGGUGAGGGCCCCGAACAGAAGCAGACUGGCCUGGGUGCCUCUGCUCGGCAGAGGGGGCAGACCCCAUCCCUGGGGGUGGGGAGAGGUCUGCCCUCGGCCGUAGCCAGGCCUGCGGCCCCCACUCCACUACAGGCAGACAAGGAUCCAGGCCUCGGGGACAGGAAGGGUCUGGCCAGGGGUGCCACCGCCUCUCUCCACUGCCCCCCUGCACUGGCCCCCAGAUGUGCGCCAUCGAGACUGGAGGGGCUUUGGCCAAUAAAGAGCAGCCCUGGCCCAGCUCUCA